UUAGGCUAGCUUUUCUAGGGUUCUUUGCCCGCGGCUAUGGCGGAUUUUGACGAGCGGAAGCUCAGGGCGCUGGCGUGGCUGGGAUCAGAGGAGCCGGAUCGAUCGCGAAAAGGAGGUAUUGACGCGCCAAUCGCUGUGCUCAUCGACCGGGUGAAUGCACAUCCGGAUUUCUUCACGACGAGCUCCUGCUCGGGCCGAAUCACGCUCUUCUCCGAGCCGUGCGCGCAAUCGGGCGAGGAAUUGGCGGCGGAGAAUGGGAGCGGCGAUGGUACGAGGAAGAAGAAGAAGGGCGGGGAUUGGCUGUUUGUGAGCCACGAGCUUGUGACUCCACAGGAAAUCGUAUCGGCCACGCACAAGUUUGUGAGCAAUGCGCAGCACGAGCUCUUGGUUUUCCGGUUUGAGCCUUUCAUUCUCGCGCUAGAUUGCGCUAGCGUCGCCGCCGCUCAAGAUCUAGUCGCCUGUGCGAUCGCCUCGGGAUUUCGAGAAUCAGGAAUCACGAGCAUAAGGAAGCGAAUUAUAGUGGCUAUACGCUGCUCGAUUCGGCUGGAAGUGCCAGUCGCCGAGAAAGGGAAGCUCUUGGUAUCGGAGGAGUACUUAAGCUACCUCACCUCCACAGCAAAUUCAAAGCUGGAGCAAAACAAGCGAAGAACGAACAGGUUUCUAGAUUCUUUCAUCACCCAGUUUCAAAGCGGAGCACUGUCGUCACUUGAUACACCAAUUCAAGUUACAAACGACGACCAUUUCAAAGCCGAGAUCGUCGAGGACGACCAUUCGGACUCGCAAGAGUUUCACGAUCUAUGCGGCUCAGAAAGCUCCUUGCUUCUAUCUUCCGUGCGGCAGUCUGUUAGUGACUCUGGACAAACCUUCAAGGACCCUGACCUCCACGACGGUGUGUGUAGGAUAGGAAAGAGUUCCAACGAGGAUAGUAUGCAAGCUAAAAGGAUGUCGGGAUGGUUUGACGAGAGCACAGCAGGGCUUUGUCUAAAGGCGUCGGAGCUACGUCUCUCCGAGAGCGCUGCCGAGUUGUUCCGACGCUGGGGCCAUUCGGCUUGCAACGUAGGAUCCCGCCUGGUAAUCUUUGGUGGCUACGGAGGCUCCGGACGGCAUGCUCGACUUAAUGACUUGCUCGUCCUCACCGUGCCAGACCAGGAGCUAAAACGCCUCGAGCUGAAGACCGAGCUCUCACCGCGAAUGGCUCACACAGCCUCGGUCAUCAACGACGAUAUAUGGAUAAUUGGCGGACGGCGAGGUCCUCAUGAUCUCUUGGCCGACGUGCUCGUCAUUAAGUGCGAGGAAGCGGACGUCUUCUCCCCGACCAUCACUGGUGAUACCUUCAUUCCCAGGCAUCGUCACGCGGCCGCAGCUGUGAGAGACAAGAUUUACAUCUUCGGUGGACUGGGUGAGGAAGGCGUGCUUGCGGACCUCUACAUUCUCGACGCUGCAAGAUUUACGUGGUCACGGCUGGACUGCAAAGGCGCCACUCCUCCAGCUCGUCACUCACACUCACUGUGCGCGAUUGACGAUAAGCUCUAUCUCUACGGUGGCUUUGACGGGAAGGAGAUUCUCGGCGAUCUUCACGUCCUCGACACCCGUGGCCUCGAGUGGAGCAAAGUUCUUACGACAGGAGAGCUGCCAGUUCCUCGGUUUAGCCACUCGUGCAUUGUUCUCGGCGAUUGCUUGGCGGUUCUCGGGGGCUGCCCGACGAUGAAGCAAGCAAAUAGCUUGUUUGUCCUGGAUCCCAGAGCGAUGGUGUGGAAACGAGUGGGAUUGUCCGUCCCAGGAGAUUGUCUUUUGGUGAGGCACACCGCUACUGUGGUGGAGGGACUUUUGUUCGUGGUAGGGGGAGGAGCGUCGUGUUAUGCGUUUGGCACCAUGUUUAGCGUCUCUUUCGUUGUUUAGUGGCAAAGACCAUUCUCAUGCUUCUUUUUCCUUUUUAAUGCUUAAAAUUCUGGGAUCUGUCCGCCCAAGGCA